CUUUUUCAAAUUAUUAAACACUUCUACGUUCACCAAUUAUUGCAAAAUGAAAGUGACUAGUGAAAUUGCUAUUAUUCUAGUAUUAACAUUAUUGUGUCUGUCGUGCGGUUCAUCUACUAAAGUUCAAGAACGAAUAUUGUCCUUUUACACUUGCAAAUACGACAUCGACUGCGUUGAAAAUGCCUUUUGUUACUGGAGGGCUCCAGAGGGAGGAAAAUGCCGUUGUAAAGAAAAUUUUGUGCUGGUGCAAAAUAAGACGAGCUUCGAGUGUUUGGCGGUUGCUACUGGAAUUGAUUCGCCUUGUAUAGAAAACAUUCAAUGCGAAAUGUCACUUGGUAAUUUAGCCGAAUGCAACGCGAGUAGUAAUAAAUGCCAAUGCAUUGACGUAGCUCAUUUGGGAAGAGACGAUAAAUGCCACAGAACGAUCGCAUUGGGGGGAAUAUGCGAAACCAAUGACAAUUGUCUUUUGGGAGACGAGUCCUAUGGAUUUUGUUACGUUGGCAAGUGCAUCUGUAAUGUUAAAUAUCACAUUUCUUCAGAUGGGAAACGUUGUAUACCUUCGUCGUUUCUUCAGCAGUCGUGCGAAUCGGCAGAAUCGUGCGCAGUGACCGCAUUUUCUGAUUGCUAUGGUGGAAUUUGCAAGUGUAUUGAAGGGUACAUUGAAGCGGAAGAUUUUGAAAGCUGCUUAAAAGCUGCAAGUGCUGUGGGAGAUAACUGCACGCAAACAAUUCAAUGCAGCGAGUAUAUUAAGGGUUCUUUCUGUGACAAUAAUAAAUGUACUUGUAAAACUGGUUACCAUGGCUAUGGUAACGAAUGCACAGUUGAUGCUAAAUUGGGAGAAGCUUGUAAAGAAGAUAAGGAGUGCAUUCUAACCGCGAAUCUUGAAAAUUCAGUACGAUGUACUCUUGGAGUUUGCACAUGCGUUGUGGGUCUUUCAAGUCAAGAGCCUUACGGUUGUGUUAUAAAUUCUGCUGUACUGAAACAAUAUUACCCUUCGCUGAUCAUGGGGUUGAUACUCGCAUUGUUUUUAAUUAACCCUCAUUAAAAAUUUAAUGGUGAUAGUUUUUUUCAAUUGUUCAUUUACUUACAUAAAUUCUUGUCGUUACAGCGAUCACAGCAAUAACAAAGACGAAAAUAU